AUGACCUUCAAGCCAGCCCUUAUUAUCGUGGACGUCCAAGAGGACUUCUGCCCCCCUAAUGGGUCGCUCGCUGUCGCAGGUGGUCGAGACAUCGUCCCUACGCUCAACGAGCUCCUCGCCCUCCCGUUCCCCGUCAAGAUCGCAACCAAAGACUUCCACCCGCAAGACCACAUCUCCUUCGCUUCGAACCACGAACCACCGAACAACAAACCCUUCGAAUCCACGAUAACUAUCGAAAACCCGCUCAAUCCCUCAGAGACCCAGGAAACGCGCCUAUGGCCGGAUCAUUGCGUGCAAGGCACAAAGGGCUCGGAGCUAGUCCCGGAGCUGGAUGUUAGCCUGGUACACGCGAUCGUGGAAAAGGGCCAGGAUAAGCGCGUAGAGAUGUACUCUGCGUUUGCGGAUCCGUUCAAGAAUCCAUGUGUGAGCAAGAGCAACCUAGCGAAGAUACUGCACGAUGAGGGGGUCACGGACGUGUAUGUUGCGGGGUUAGCUGCGGACUACUGCGUCCGGUAUACGGCAAUAGAUUCCAGUAACGAGGGCUUCAAGACGUGGGUGGUGGGCGAGGCGACCAAGGCUGUGGAUCCCUCUGCUAUGGACCAAGUGCAUGAGGAGUACAGCAAGGUGGGCGUGAAAGUGAUCAGCAAGGAUGCUCAGGAGAUUGAGAAGGUUAAGGAGUACAGCUGA